AUGGCAGGACAGGCACUUAGAAAGUUUCUUCCCCUCUUUGGCCAAGUGUUAGUUGAAAGAAGUGCAGCCAAACCUGUAUCCAAAGGAGGCAUUAUGCUUCCAGAAAAAACUCAAGGAAAAGUAUUGCAAGCAACAGUAGUCGCUGUUGGAUUGGGCUCUAAAGGAAAGGUUGGAGAGAUUCAACUAGUUAGCAUGAAAGUUGGAGAUGAAGUUCUUUUCCUAGAAUACGGACGCACCAAAGUAGUUCUGGAUGACAAGGAUUACUUCUUAUUUAGAGAUGGUGACAUUCUUGGGAAAUACAUAGACUGAAAUAAGUCACUAUUGAAAUGGCAUCACUGAGGCUGCCCAUUCCACUGAAGUUCUGAAAUCUUUUCAUCAUGUAAAUAAUUUCCAUGUUUCUCUUUUAUAAUAAACUAAGGAUAAAAAAUAAGCAAGCACAGAUGACAGGUUCCAUUGGUGAAAUGACACACAUUUUUUUUUUAGAAGGAGGCUCACAGUAUUGGUGUAAUUCACUUCAAUCAUUUAUAUUCAUCUUCCCCCCAAAAGAGAGGGGAACAAUUAUUGAAUGGUGUCAGGAGCUCUCUUUGAACUCUCUGUUAUAUGGACUUAAUGUCUGUGUCCCCUCAAAAUUCCUAUGUUGAAGCCCUAACCCCCAGUGGGACUGUAUUUGAAGACAGGGUCUUUACAGAAGGAAUUACAGUUAAAUGAGGUCAUGAGGGUGCGGCCCUGACCUGAUAAGAUUAGCGUUCUUAUAAGAAGAGUCCCAGAGAGCCGGCUCUCUCUCCCUGCCAUGUGAAGACAGCGAGAAGGUGGUCACCCGCAGGCCAGGAGAGGACGCUCACCAGAACCUGACCCUGCUGGCAUCCAGAUCUCGGAACUGUGAGAAAUACAUUUCUGUUGUUUAAACCACCUGGUCUGUGGUGUCUUGUUAUGUCAGCUUGUUAUGUGUACGUUGGUCAGUCGGCUUGUUAUGUCAGCCCAAGCGGACUGAUGUACACUCUAACGGGGAAGUUAGCUGAGGGUUUCCCAGAAAUCCUAUCACAUGCAAAGUGGCAGCACCCAUGAGGUUCCCCGAUGAGGAACCAACAGACUGCCUGAUGUAAGAGGGUCUCUAAGGGAUGAAGGGCGCAGAAUUGUGGUCCAGCUACAGUG